CUGCCUAUGAUUGCAAGAGUUUCAGCCAACACAGAGAACUCUUCCUCAGAACUCUCCCUUCCCUCCUGCAGGGGCCAGGGUUAGAGAAGAAGAGAAGUAGUUCCAAAGGCCAAACAAACAACACAGCUCAUCACCUCAAUUCCAGCAACUGAUCAUUCAGUUGUAUAGCUUGUGUUGGGAAGCUCUUUUAGCUAUAUUAUUUGUAGUUCCUUUGUAUCGCAAUGGCAGGUCUAUCUCUGCAGCACCCCUGGGCAUUCGCCUUCGGCCUCCUAGGCAACGUCAUCUCCUUCACGACCUUCCUGGCUCCAAUCCCGACAUUCUACCGCAUCUACAAGAGCAAGUCGACCGAGGGUUUCCAGUCGGUGCCCUACGUGGUGGCGCUGUUCAGCGCGAUGCUGUGGAUCUUCUACGCGCUGAUCAAGUCCAACGAGUUCCUCCUCAUCACCAUCAACGCAGCCGGCAUCGUUAUUGAGAGCAUCUACGUAGUCAUGUACUUCGUCUACGCGGACAAGAAAGCCAAGUGGUUCACUGCGAAGAUCAUGCUCGGCCUCAACGUCGGCUUCUUCGGGGCCAUCCUCCUCGUCACCCUGCUCCUCUUCAAGGGCGACAAGCGCAUCGUCACGCUCGGCUGGAUCUGCGUCGCCUUCUCCGUCAGCGUCUUCGUCGCACCGCUCAGCAUCAUCAAGCGUGUGAUUCAGACGAGGAGCGUGGAGUACAUGCCCUUCUCCCUCUCGCUCUCGCUCACCCUCAGCGCCGUCGUCUGGUUCCUCUACGGCCUCCUCAUCAAGGACAAAUACGUCGCGCUCCCGAACGUCCUCGGGUUCAGCUUCGGCGUGGUCCAGAUGAUCCUGUACGUGGUCUACAUGAACAAGACGCCGGUGGUCGCCGAGGGCAUGGACGCCGCCGGCGGCAAGCUGCCGACGGCGGCGGCGGCCGCGGACGAGCACGUCCUCGUCAACAUCGCCAAGCUCAGCCCCGCCAUCCCGGAGAAGAGCUCCGAGGUGCACCCCGUGUUCGAGAUGGGGGCUCCCAGGCGCUGCGCCACCGAGGCGGCCAAGGCGGCGGCGGCGGCGAACCGCGACGUGGUCGACGUCUUCGUCAGCCGCCACAGCCCCGCCGUCGGGGUGGCCUAGACGACGUGCGUACAACGACGACGCGCUUCGAUUAAUAUUCGCGCGACUUGGAGCUAUCUGAUGGUCAUGAGCAGGGACGGCGAGUGGUUUAAGUAUACUAAUUACCAGUAAUUAACUGCUCAUGAUGGAAAACUAGGUAAUGGAGAAGAGAGAUGCACAUGAGAGCCACGGAGAUGGUGGGAAGAUUUAUAUGUAUACAUGUAUAUGCAUGGGGUGUGUGUAGUGUUCGUCCUGUGCUGUGCUGCUAUUGUUGUGUUUAUUUUCCGUCGACGAUCUAUUAUUUCUUUGUACAUGUAACGUGGAUACUAUUGACACCUAAAAUUGGCACGACUAA